GUUCAUUCACUCGCGCGCACGUGGUGGGGGCGCGCUCGUCUUCCGCGUAAUGUUAUCAGUAGCUUCCGCACCCUCCGUCGAGCGCAGUUGCCAAACGCACCCGCUGUUGGAAACACGUCUACCGUUUGACACAUCCAGUAAUUAAUCUGUAACUCUGUGAUUUUUUGAUUCAUUAUUUUUAUUUAUAUUCGAACGAUUUUAUUUCCAAGUGAUUUUGAAUACUAGACCGACCAACCGUAGAAGCGUGGUUGAAAAUAUAGUGGAAGUGUUAAAAUUAGUUGCUCAUAACGAUAUUAUUAUCGUAACUGGUAUUUAGAGGCAAGCCCCGCCCGUCGCAAGCAUCAUAGACCAGACAAAAUGUUCGCUGUGAUGCAAAUCGACGAAGAUCACACACGGGACUUCAGGCGUAAGCUGCGCCAGAAGUGCGAAUUCGUCUGCAAGUACUGUCAGCGCAGGUUCACGAAGUCCUACAACCUGAUGAUUCAUGAGCGCACCCACAAAAGCCCAGAACUGUCUUUCAGUUGCGAGGUCUGUGGGAAGAGCUUCAAGCGACAGGAUAACCUGCGCCAACACAGAGAAAUACAUUACAACCCAAGCAAGGAGACCAUGUACUUAAGGUGGUGAUAAAUCACCCGACCCUGUGACGUCAUCGCAUUCUAACAUCGGAUUCAAAUUUUUACGUAACAGUAUUCGUGCUUCAUCAUUAACACCGCCAGAAUGGGAAAUUGCAAUUUUAAAUUAUUUUUUUUAAGAAUUCAAUUUCAAUUUUUUUUAAUCGAAAACUUUGAUUCCGUAUUUCGUUGUCAAAGUUUUUGAAACUUUGUGAUAUUUUCCGAUACAUUCCAGUGGGUUGAAUUGAAAUUAAGAGUUUGUUAAAAAAUAAUGAAUAAAAACAUUCUGGUGAUUUGUAAAUAGAAUUUAUUAGGAUAUGUGACGAUAGCAUUUAAACGGCUUAACUGCUUAGCUAUAUUGUAAUGUAAAAUAAUAUUUAUAUUAUAUUUAAAAAUAUUGUUAUUACUGUUAGCUUCUAAUAAUACGUAGGACGUACAGUUUUGUGACCAGUUGAAUACGACGGCAGUUUAAUAAAAAAAUCUUUAAUUAACAAAUUAUGAUUUUCCGUCAUGUCUUAUUUAUUAAUAAUUUAGUAUGUAACAUUCCAUUUAUGAUUAAUGUAUAUUUUGAGGGUUGUUCCUAAUAAUUAAAAUGGUCGAAAAGACUUAAAUAGCAUAGGAUCAGUUGUUGGGAUUAUACAUAUAAUAUGUUGUGCGAGUACAUAGUAUAUCGUUAAUGUCAUUUUCCUCGUAAAAUCACAAUUACAGGCUCUUGAGAUUAUUUUAUGACUCCAAUUACCUAAUUAAAUCUACUAUUGUUACAGUUGAAAUGUAGUGAAACAGAAAAAGCAAAUAUCAUCAAAAGAUUCACAAUAUUAUAUUCAUUAUAUAUAUUAAAAAUACAUUUUUGAUAUAUCAUUAUUAAUAAUCGCAAAAGCAAGGAGAACAUAGAUGGAGCCAUACAGUAUACAUUUAAAUGUAUUAAAUAUUGAUUUAUAUUUGCACAUCGGAAUAGUUAUAAUUACAUAGAUUUAUAGUUUUUUAUAUAUUAUAUUAUUUAACACAGUGUAAAACUCAAUAUUUAACAGUUUACCACCCUUUCUUACAAUUUCUGUUCUUUUCAAAUACCAAAACAAAUAUCUACUUACUGUAAAUUAUUGUGUGUAUUUUUAGUAGUUUAAAAUUAUAAAGACCUUAAAGUAUCAAUCCUUUUCAAAUGGCCUUUACGCAAAUACUGAGUUUUACAUAACGUAAAAUAAUAAUAAACAAUUUCAUAAUUGGCUUCCCAAACUUUACCAUUGUUUCGAUACUUGCGAAAUACAUAAGGUAGGGUUUAAAAUUGUUAACAUUUUUACUUGUCUUUAUACGCAAUAUAUAAAAGUUAUAUAUGUCAUAUAAGACAGCUUAAAUUAUGCUUUAAAUAUAUUGAGAAAGCUCGAAGUGGUAAAAUUAUAGAUUUUCCAUGUGCCAAUAUAGGACAGAAAAGAUUCUGUCGCCUAGCCAUAUUUUUGAUAGUUUUAGAUGUAAAAAAUAAUAUUUUGACUAUGUUAUUAUUAUAUAU